AUCUCAAGACUUGUAAUAUUCUAACAUUUGGCAGCAGCCUUAAGCCCAUUUUGGUCUGCACAGCAAGAAUUGUACCUCUAUAUAACAUGAGAGAUUGAGUACCCUCUACAUAGCAAGAAUCAGCAAUGGCAAGUGAGAAAGUGAAAUUGCUUGGAUACUGGGGAAGCCCUUUUGCUCUGAAGGUUCAUUGGGCACUGAAACUGAAAGGGAUUGAAUAUGACUACCAAGAAGAAGAUCUCCCAAACAAAAGUCCUUUGCUCUUGCAGUACAAUCCAGUUCAUAAGAAGAUUCCGGUUUUGGUUCAUAAUGGGAAACCUAUUGCAGAAUCACUAGUCAUACUUGAAUACAUUGAAGAGACAUGGAAGCACAAUCCCCUCCUCCCUGAAGAUCCUUAUGAAAGAGCCAAGGCGCGUUUUUGGGCAAAAUUUGUUGAUGACAAGUGUGUGCCAGGAAUAUUUGGUACUUUCACCAAGGUCGGAGAGGAGCAGCAGAAGAUAGCAAAAGAAGCUCGUGAGAACUUGAAAAUUUUAGAGGGUGAACUAGGCAAGAAACACUUUUUUGGAGAUACGAAAAUUGGCUUCAUGGAUGUCGCGUCUGCUUGGAUCAUCUGCUGGGCUCAGAUUGUUGAGGAGAUUGUGGAUAUCAAACUUAUUGAUGCUGAGGAAAUGCCUUCACUUGUUUCAUGGUUUCAGAAUGUCCUCGAAGCUGCUCCCAUUCUGAAAGAGUGUACACCACCCAAAGACAAAUUGUUAGAGCAUAACAAAGGGUUCCACAAGAUGUUGGUUGCUUCAGCAUCACCUUGAAAUCUAAAAUAACUUCCCAUGGAGGAAGAUUUAACUAAAUGUGAUUAUAUGAUAUGUAAUCUUUUUCGAUGAGUUUGAAUGACAUGUAAGAUUUAGCGGUUUUGCCUAUCAAAUACAAUUGUGGGAAAAUAAGGGCAUAAGCAUCUAUAAACAUGAUAUCAUAUAGUCAUUUUCUGUAA